AUGAAUAGAAAUAAGAAUAUAAGAGAGAAGUACAAAGCUAUUGAUCCUUAUUUUAAGCAAAGUUACACUAAAGAUCUAAGUACAGAAAGUGCACUGUAUGAACUCUACGACGAGCCUCAAUAUGACCUUGGUCGCCUUCGUGAUAAGCGCCAAAUAGAUAUAACACCAUUACAAGAAGGACAACGAACGUAUGAAAAGUAUCUCACUCCGCUAUAUGCCAUCACUGCUUUUUUUGGUGCUAUGAUGAUAAUUGGGCCAUUUUUAGUAAAGCAAGGGCCUAAUCGGGGCUGGUUUACAAUCUACUUUGGACAAAUGAAUCCCCUAAUGGGACCGCGCCUCGAAAACACUACCGUCGCUUGGAUUGCAUACAAAAUAGGGAAUCCUUUUAAAGCAAGCAAUAAUACCACAGAUGCAACCAUU